GUGACGGCGCGCGCGCGCGCGCGUUCCCGGCCGCUGCAGGCUCGGAGGCCGAAGAGAAAAGACGGCGAGGCGGCUUCGGCUGUGGCCACAGAGCACAGGAUGAUCCAGCAAUGGAGGAGAAAAUUCUGCAAACUGGCUGAUUACUCAUGAAGAUGAGAUUUUAUUUUUGUGGCAGGCAUCUGUGGGGUCUGUAAUAGAAAUCCUCCAGCCUAUUUGAAGAUCAUCGAAGGCUUCCCAGGUGGCUCUAGUGGUAAAGAACCUGCCCGCCAAUGCACGUGAAGUAAGAGAUGCAGGUUGGAUCCCUGGGUCAGGAAGAUCCCCUGGAGGCGGGCGUGGCAACCCACUCCAGUAUGCUUGCCUGGAGAACCCCAUGGACAGAGGAGGCUCGCAAGCUGCAGUCCAUGAGGUCACAGAGUUGGACACGACUGAAGCAGCAGCACACAUGCACAGGGAUGGCUGGCUGUGGAGAAAUUGAUCACUCUAUAAACAUGCUUCCUACGAACAGGAAAGCAAAUGAGGCCUGUUCUAAUACUGCACCUUCUCUAACUGUCCCUGAAUGUGCCAUUUGUCUGCAAACAUGUGUUCACCCAGUCAGUCUGCCUUGUAAGCAUGUUUUCUGCUAUCUGUGUGUGAAGGGAGCUUCAUGGCUCGGAAAGCGAUGUGCCCUCUGUCGACAAGAAAUUCCCGAAGAUUUCCUUGAUAAGCCAACGUUGUUGUCACCAGAAGAACUCAAGGCAGCAAGCAGAGGAAACGGUGAAUAUGCUUGGUAUUAUGAAGGACGAAAUGGGUGGUGGCAGUAUGACGAGCGCACUAGCAGAGAGCUGGAAGAUGCUUUUUCCAAAGGUAAAAAGAGCACUGAAAUGUUGAUUGCCGGGUUUCUGUAUGUUGCCGAUCUUGAAAAUAUGGUACAGUAUAGGAGAAACGAACAUGGACGUCGCAGGAAGAUCAAGCGGGAUAUAAUAGAUAUACCAAAGAAAGGAGUAGCCGGACUUAGGCUGGACUGUGACGCUAAUACCGUAAACCUAGCGAGAGAGAGCUCUGCGGACGGGGCGGACAGUGCGCCGGCUCAGAGUGGCGCUUCUGUCCAGUCGUCGUCUGUGAGGCCCCUGGCGUCAGUCGAUGGUCAGCUAACAAGCCCCGCCACGCCAUCCCCUGCUGCAGGCGCUUCUCUGGAAGACUCUUUUGCACAUUUACAACUUGGUGGAGACAGCAUAGCGGAAAGGAGUCAUAGAGGGGAAGGAGAAGAGCAUGAGUCACCAUCUUCAGGCAGGGUACCAGCACCAGACACUUCGACUGAAGAAACCGAAUCCGAUGCCAGUAGUGACAGUGAGGAUGUAUCUGCGCUUGUUGCACAACACUCCUUGACCCAACAGAGACUUUUGGUUCCUAAUCCAAACCAGACAGUAUCUGAUCGAUCAGCAACUGAUCGGUCAGUGGCAGCGGGUGGAACAGUGAGUGUCAGAUCUCGAAGGCCUGAUGGACAGUGCACAGUAACGGAAGUUUAAAUAAGUUUUCAGAUCCAUGCUCAAGAUGAAAAUGGUUAUCUGUAAAUUUCUGCCCACGUAACAUUAUACUCAUCCCUAGUAGUGCAUUUUGGGAGUUGGGGUGGGAAGGGGUAUGGGAAGGAUAGCCCUGUAAUUAAAAUGUCUAACACAUCUCUGUUGAGAAAUUUAUUUAAUAUAAAGAACUUGGGUGUUAAUAGUUGAGAGCUGAUUAGUAAUAAUGCAGUUUCCUUGAGGUCUGUUUAUUUUAUAGUCUUUUAAAAUACCUUCAGUUCUUUCGGCCAGCGUGUGUGUAUUAUCUGUGCAUUAAUGGUCCUCAUCUGACUACUGCAUUGGUUCAUGUUUUUCUGCAUGGGUUGACAUAAAACCAUUACUAAAAUUUGGCACCUACUAGAUAUCUGGUAUCAGUACGAACAGAAAGCUUAAAUAACGUGAGAACAAAUGUGAAUUUGGGGUUUUAAAAUAGAAGAAUAACAACUACUUAAUAGUAAAGUUACUGAAAUGGAAAUGUAAAGAAAACAGCUUAUGUUUCAGAAUCUUGUCUGUAACACACUUCAUGGCGUUCUCAUAGGCUUUGCUGUCUAGUCCUUGUAGUUAGAAGUUUCUCUUGAUCCACAUUUUUUUUUGAUUACAGACUUUAUAAUUUAAUAAAUACUAGAA